CAAUGGCGGCGCCCAGCGCCGCGACCGACAGGCGCGGCGGCCAACGGGAAGGAGAGCGGGCGCGGGGCCGUGGGGCCGUCUCGGAGAGGCCGUGGGGCCAUGGCCGGGAGCAGGAGAAACGUGUUCUUGGCGAAAUUACUGAAGCGACUCUAUGGUGAAACUUCAUCAUCUUCUCUUGUUCAGACCUCAAGUAGAGAAGAGGAGGUCGUUCUUGAAAAUCUUGGAUCAAAAUCUAAAGAAAAUAAUUUGGAUAAUGUUCAGAUUUCAUCAGCAGAUGCUAGCACAUCAACUACUACACCCUGCAAAUCAUUUCAAGGUAAUGAUGAUACAGUUAUGUCUCCAAGAAGAGUUUACACAGUGGAUCUUCCUCCAGAGGGUUAUGUUGCAGUUACUCCAGAUGCUCUUAGUAAUGCAGUUUCUGAAGCCUCUGGCAGUAGUGCUGACUCAACAGAAGAGGAAUAUCAAGGGCAAACCAAGAGAAAGCGCAUUCGAAGGAAGAAACAAAAGAGCAGUUCACAAAUCUCUAGUAAUUUCCAUGGAGAACAAACAGAUUUGGGAAUGCAAGAGACUGUUGUUCAAGAUAAUUUACAGCUGCAGCAAACAGACGGUCCCAAAAUAAGCAAAAACAAAAAGAGGAAAAUGAAAAAGAAGCGACAGAAAGAAAAAAAGAGAGCAGCUGGCUUAGUAACAACAGCUACCAGUGUGGAUUUUACAUAUCAGCCUGACAAAAACAGCAAAGAAGAAGCAGCAGGCUUAAAGGACAUAGGUGAAAAAGCAGAUAGCAUUCUGGACUUCCUGCAGGCAACACAACAAAUUUAUUUUACUGACAAGAAAUCAGAAUGCAGGGAUGCUGCUGUAAAUUCAGCAACUGCCCAAGAGCUCUUAAAAUGUCUUGAAUUUCGCACCAUCUCUUCCUCCGACGUGACUCAUCUGCAUCGGCUGAAAUCCCUUGUAUUGCUACAGGAUAUUGAGAGAUUGCAGGAUGCUUUGAAACAAUUCCAAGAACAAUCUAUGAUGUCUCCUGAUCAUGCCAAGGUAGCCACAUCUCUGUUUCACUACUGGAUUACAGAUAUACUUCCUGUGAAGAACAGGAAAUAAAGCCUUACCCAUGUGUCCAUAUGCACAGGAUUAAAAUUUAAUAUACAGACUCUUAACCAAGUAGCAAUUGUUCAGGAAGAGCAGUGUCAAUACACUUUCUGCACCUUCAGGUAAAUGAACAAAAACUCCAGAAGACAAUAAAGUUAAAUGAACAAAAAUUCCAAAAGACAAUAAAGGUAUAACUACAGUGUGAGUUUUGGGAUGGGUUUGUCAAGAGUAUGGCCUGAGUCUUCAGUUGUAUUAAUAUGUACAUUUCAUUUUAGGAUAAGGGACUUGCUGGAAUGAUAAAGUUCUCUGUCUGGUAUUUUGUUUAAGUAUAGUAUUAUCUUUUUUAUUUGUAAGUUUAUGAUUCCUUUCUGGAAGUUAUAUUUCUUGACUUUUUUUGUAUAUCUGCUUGCCUGGAAAACAGAACUAUAUUUUUUUAUAUUUAAACCUAAGCAACAUUAUGUCUGAGGAAUGUAUUUUUGCUGAAUAAACUGCUAAAUUGUGGACAUAGA